UAAAGGCCUGUUUUCAAUUGCCAUCUUGAAGGAGUCAAGCCCUGCUGGACUCUGUGGCUGCCUCUUUCUUCCAUUACAACACCACACGUUACAUUAAUGGCGGCAAACUCUUAUAAUAUUCAGCGUUCCAGGCAGUUGAAGAUAAAUUAACAGAAGAAAAAGAAAAAAGCCUUCCAAAAUUUACGAAGCAUUACAGCGAAGGUCUGAAAGGGGAUCCCCAUCUCUUACAUGGCUGCAAUUCUCUGCCUCCUGGUUCACUUCUCCCUCAUGAUCUCUCUCAGUACGUCCUCUUCUUCUCCCGCUUAUCCUUCCUUAUCGGCAUCUGAUCACAAGAGCGCCCUGGUGAUCACGGCCGUUCUGGGCUCCAUCGUCGCCGCCGUCGUCCUCUACCUCAUCCUCCUCUGUCUCCUCCGCGAGCUCGCCGCCUGGCUUGGCCAGACUCGCGGGCUGCAGAGUAGCCAGUCCCCUCUGUUCUCCUUCACCAGGCGCGACUCCUUCAGACGUCCCCGGUCUGCGCAGAGGAGCCUGGUCGUCGAUGAAAGCGGACUCGAUAUUCUCUACUGGCGUCAGCUUAGAGUCCAGAACAACGCAAAGAGUGAGAGGGCUACCCAGGUGGUUCCCCUCCGAACGCCGGGAUCCCUCUCUUCGACUUCUCCGGUUUUCCUAUCCCACCAGACUAGAGAGGACGAAGUCACGGAGUAUGAGAUGGAUCCCGCGCUGAUGCCGGCGGCGAACCCAGCACCGUUGCUGGUAAGCGCCCCCAAUUCGGCUCCCAAGUCGAAAAUGGACUUGAAUUUGGUUCCGACGAUCAUAGUGGAGGCAAGUUCGGCUUCCCCAUCGUUGCCAUCGUCACGUCCGCCGCCAUCACGACCACAAACAAAUCUAGUUCCGGCGCCACCACUCCCACUUCCACCAGGCCGUGCCAAGAGAUCAAAUUCAUCUGAUCUUCUUCCGCCUCUUCCCUGUUCUGUUCUGAAGCCAAUAAUGGAUGUUAAUUUCGCUGUUACGUUAAAGCCGGACGGGAAUUCAGAAGCAUCACGUCCUCCACCACCUCUGCCCCCGACAAAUCCGAUUCCAGGGCCACCACUUCCGCCUCCACCGGGUGCCAGGAGGAGUCCGGCUCCCCCUCCUCCUUCUGGUAAGGCUUCGACAGUAUCACCGCCGACACCACCUCCGCCACUGACAAGUCCACUUCCAGCCCCAUCACUCCCACAUCCACCAGGUGCCAAGUACAGAUCGGUUCCUCCUCCUAGUAAGGCUCCGACAGUCUCACCACCGCCGCCACCUCGGCCAGCGGCGGCAACUCCAUCUCCGCCCCCUCCUCCCCCUCCUCCUGGUCAGGCUCCGAUACUAACACCACCGCCACCAACUCGGUCCCCGCCGCCACCUCCGCCAAUGGCAAAUCCAAUUCCAACGGCGCCACCACCUCCGCCAAUGGCAAAUCCAAUUCCAACGGCGCCACCACCUCCACCAGGUGCCAAGAAGAGUUCGACUCCUCCCCCACCUCCUCCUCCCGCUCCUGGAAAGGCUCCGCCAGUACCUCCACCGCCAGGAAAAGGACCACCGGGAGGCGCCCUUGUGAAGCCCAAGCCGGCGGCCAAGGUAAAGGGAGAAGGAGCGCCGUCUUCAUCGGUGUUGCCGGGAAGCUCGCCGGAGCAUGAAUCGGCGCCACUGGCUAAGUUGAAGCCAUUGCACUGGGAGAAGGUUCCGGCCAACGCCGACCAUUCCAUGGUGUGGGACAAUCUACGGGACGGCUCCUUCAGCUUUGACGAUGAAUUAAUGGAAGCUCUGUUUGGCUACAAAGACACCACCACAAAGGCGGCGGCGCCGACGACCGCGCCCACCUUGUCCUCCAAACCUAACCCACCUGCCAGCCAAGGCCCUCAAUCAACCUUCAUACUUGACCCACGCAAGUCACAGAACAUAGCCAUAGUCCUGCGCUCCUUGGGCGCAUCCCGCCAAGCAAUCAUGGACUCACUCCUCCAAGGCAAAGGCCUUUCCGGCGAGACACUUGAGAAGCUAGCCGGAAUCGCACCCACCCUGGAGGAGCAGUCCGCCAUCCGAAACCACCCUGCCAGCGACGCAGCCCAGCUAGCAGACGCCGAAUCCUUUCUCUACCACCUCCUCACUGCCGUGCCGACAGCAUUCCGGCGGGUUGAGGCAAUGCAUUUCCGAUCAAACUACGAACCGGAGAUCCUCACUCUCAAGAAGAGCCUCCAGACACUGGAGCUCGCUAGCAGAGAGUUGAGGAACUGUGACCUAUUCUUCAAACUGCUUGAGGUCGUGUUGAAGGCAGGAAAUCGAAUGAACGCCGGCACGGAGCGGGGGAACGCUCAGGCUUUUAAUCUCGUGACACUGCGUAAGCUCGCCGACGUGAAGAGCACGGACGGCAAGACCACGCUUCUGUACUUUGUGGUGCAAGAAGUUAUCCGUUACGAAGGAAGACGAUGCGUCGCCAACCGGAAUCAAAGCGUCCUGGUCACUGGCGCUAGCAGUAAGGAGGAAAGGGAGAACGAGCACUUGAAGCUCGGAUUGCCAGUAGUCAGUGGGCUUAGUAAUGACCUUGCCAAUGUCAAAAGCGCUGCCGGAAUCGAUUAUGAGUUCAUCUCUGGUUGCUGCGACAGACUCGGAGCUCAAAUGGGUGUGAUCAAGAAGUUCGUGUGGAGUUUGGGUGGUGAUGGUGGUGAAUUCAAGGAGGAGAUGAUGAGGUUUGUGGAGGCCGCAGAGGCUGAGAUGAAGGAGAUGAAGGAAGAACAGAAGAGGGUCUUGCAGUCUGUCAAGAAGACGACGGAAUACUACCAUGCCAGUGCGUCGAAGGGUCGGACUGAGAACUUGUUGCAGUUGUUUGUUAUAGUUAAGGAUUUCCUGAACAUGGUUGAUCAGGUGUGUGCUGAGAUAGGAAGGGGCUUACAGAAGAAGAAGAGUACUGGGACGGCUUCGCCGCCCGGCGGCCGACUAGAAAGGACUCCGACGAGGUUCGCGAACUUGCCGGCGCAUUUCUUGACAGACAAUUUAAGAACUUCAACAGAUUCAGACGAUGAUUUUGAAGACGACUGACAGUAUAUCAUUUCGAGUCGGCAUUUAUUUCAUUUUUGUUGGGGAAAACAAGAGAGGCAGGGGUACACCUCCAUUUUUUUAAUCUGUAAAUAGGGCAACCCUUGCAUUACAAGGGAAAGAUUGAAGCCAGUAAUUGCUUUAGUGAAUUGCUUCUUACCUUUUUUUAAUGUUAUGUUGAUAUAUAGAACUCCAAGAUCAUGUAUGAUGCUUAGCGUUGGGGUUGGUACA